AAGCAAAAAACGUGCUAUGGAUUAAAUUAUUUCAAUCCCACGCCAAUAAUCCCUUUUGAAAGAAAAGGAAGAAAAAAUAUUUUAGGGUUUAAAGAAACUCCUAAUCUCACCUUCAUUUAGCAAUUUUCGAACAAUUUGCCUGUAAAGAUCAGAUUUUCGCAGCUAUGACUGAGUAUUGGGUGAGUCAGGGAAACAAAUGGUGUGAUUUCUGCAAAAUUUUCAUAUCGAAUAACCCAUCGAGUAUUCGAAACCAUGAGCUCGGUCAACGGCACAAAGAGAAUGUUGCUAAGAGACUUACUACUAUGCGAAAAGAGAGUGCAGCCAAAGAGAAGGAACAGAAAGACGCUGCUCGUGCUCUUGAACAGAUCGAAGCUAAAGCUAAGCGGAGCUAUCAGAAGGACGUUGCUAGUUUUGAGGCGAGAGAUUCUAGUGACCAAGCAUUAGACAGUCAAGAAGAUUGGGACUAUGACAGUAGCUCGGGUUAUUACUACAAUCAAAACAAUGGGUUAUACUUUGAUCCAAAGUCAGGAUUUUACUAUUCUGAUGCUAUAGGCAGGUGGGUGAUACAGGAAGAGGCAUACUCCAAGGUUCAAGCUUCAUCAAAUACUAAAUCAAGAGAUCCUAUUUUGAAAAAGCCAUUUCCAACUUCAGAGACGGGACCAGUUGCAGAUAGCAAAAGUGUCGCUAAAAGUCAAAACAAGACCGCACCAGGGCCUGUCAUUUCCGCUACUUUAAAUCCCAUGAGAUCUGUUAAAGGUGCUUCAUCCUCACUUGCUGUUAAGAGAAAAAGACAAGAUGAAAAACCCAAGGCUGUAUCUAAAGAAGAGGCGGCUGCACUCAAAGCAAGGGAAGCUGCAAAGAAGAGAGUUGAAGAGAGAGAGAAACCAUUGCUCGGUUUGUACAAGGGAUCUCGUUGAUACGGAAUGAUUCAAACAAGCAAGCAUCCUGCCGAUUCUUGAUUCAAGGGGUGGCAAAAUACAAUCUGACUCUCAAUAUAGGGGCCUCCAUGGUACUUUUACCAACACCAAGAUCAGUGCCCUCAGCCAUAGAUUUUUGUAUGAGAAGAACGGGGUAGAUUAGAAGAUGCCGAGAUCGUGUCGAAGCAGGCUAGGAUAUUUUACAUAACAUGAAUGCUGUAUUGCUGUUGAACAAUGAACCAAUAUGGCAUAUCUUAACACAUUGUUGUUAUUGUAAAAUAUUGAGCUUUUUUUCUUGUGUGCUAAAACUUUGUUAGUGUUUGUGGUGCUUUGUGUUGGAAUUUUAUCAAAAUUUCCUUUUAAUUGACAUUUUGAUACUUGAUUUAAA